UCCCGCGUUGCACUGCGGGACUUGUAGUUCCGCGCGCGGCCCUCAGCGCGGGCGGAGGCGCGGCGCGGACUACGAAUCCCGUGGUGCUUUGCGGGACGGCCUGGCGAGGCAGCGGGCCGGGCAGGGCCGGGCCGGGCCGAGCCGUGCAGGAUGUCGCGCCAGGCCGGCCGCGGCACCGAGAGCAAGAAAAUGAACUCGGAGCUCUUCACGCUGACGUACGGCGCUCUGGUCACCCAGCUGUGCAAGGACUACGAGAAUGAUGAGGACGUCAACAAGCAGCUCGACAAAAUGGGUUACAACAUAGGUGUUCGGCUGAUAGAAGACUUUCUGGCGCGGUCCAAUGUGGGAAGAUGCCAUGAUUUCCGUGAAACUGCAGAUGUUAUUGCAAAGAUAGCGUUUAAAAUGUACCUGGGCAUCACUCCGAGCAUCACCAACUGGAGUCCUGGAGGUGACGAGUUCUCCCUGAUCUUGGAAAACAACCCCUUGGUGGACUUCGUGGAGCUCCCUGACAACCACUCAACUCUCAUCUAUUCCAACCUUCUGUGUGGAGUGCUGCGGGGUGCCCUGGAAAUGGUUCAGAUGGCCGUGGAUGUGAAGUUUGUCCAGGACACGCUGAAAGGGGACAGCGUCACAGAAAUCCGAAUGAAGUUCAUCAGGCGGAUUGAAGACAAUCUUCCAGCUGGCGAAGAGUGAAACGCCGUCCGGUCUCCCUUUGGGACCGGGGGGGACCAGCUGGUUUUGGCCGUUAGCUUUCACCACAGAUCUGUAGGGAUAUAGUGUUUUCAUCACGGAUCUGUAGGGAUCUAGUGCCCCUGUACGUUCAGACUGACUCACUGACUGUUUAAGAUGAUGUUAUAUUCUUCUACUGUUACUUCCAUCUUCUGUAGAAGACAAUUGUCUGGUUGCUUUUUGUUUCACAGGUUCAUUCUGAAGCUUUUUCAUAAGGUGAUGUCAUUUUCAUAUUCCCCUGGGAAAUCUUUCUACACUCAGUUUCUAAUUGUGACGUUUGGUUGUGCAAGAACUACUGCUCCAACCCUAAAAGAGCUGCAGUCUGUCCAAAUUUGAACCCAAGUUUUACAACGGGAAUUGGAGGCCAAGUUGUAAGAGCCUACUGAUUUACUGCUAACGCUGUCCUUAAAAAGAGUUGUUUAAAAUUCACUUGGAGACGAGCGCAUAGCAUUUCUGUAGACCAAACUGGCUUAUUGAUUCUGAA